GAUUGUUUUCUUCUUUUGAUUCACGCUAAAUCGAUUCCAUUUGAGUGAAGAAUUCUGUGAAUUGAAUUGUAGUUUGCCUCUGCAAUGCUAUGUUUCUGAUAAGAUUAAGGUUACUGAUAGCCAAUGUAUAAUAAUUUCUUAUGCGCAUGGGUCUCUCAGGUUUCGCUUCUUUUUCUAUGUAGCUGUGUUAAGUAUAUUCAAUGGAUCUCUGCGUCUUCCCUUUUUUAGGUGUUAAUGAAUGUCUUCGUGCUACUGAUUAGAUUUUGUGACUCAAUUACUGUUCGAGAUUUUGAUUCGUUUUGAGAUUAGAACCCUUUUAUGCAGAUUUAGCCUAUCGAUGCUCUACCAAAUCACUUAGCUAGUUCGAUGUUAUUGGCAAUGGUUGUUUUCAUGAUUUUCCUAUGCCUUGUGAAAACUUGAUGCCUAUGCCUUGUGAAGAUAACAGUGUGGAGCAUCACACCGUAGCUUCAAAGGCCUAUUCGAAUCCGUUUACACAAAUAAUCGGUUCACACGAAGAUGUCCAUGGAAGAGACGAAGAAGAAGAAGAAGAAGAAAUCAUCAACAAAGAGCGAAUUCGAGUUCUGCAAGGUAUGCCGAUUGCAUCACGACCAAGGCCCACGCCACAAGUACUUCCCUCGCCACAAAGACUCCCUCUCUGCUUUCCUCGAUCGAUUCAGAUCCAAAGUAGCCGACGUCAGAUUCUUCCUUAAGAACCCUAGCGUUCUACGCCCCCAAGAGGAAUCACAAAACCGUGUAUGGUGUGUCUUCUGCGAUGAGGACAUUGUCGAGCUCGGUAGCUCAUUCGCCUGUUCUAAGGCAAUCAAUCACUUUGCAAGUCCCGAUCAUCAUAAGAAUAUCAAGCAAUUUCUCUGGAAAUAUGGCCCGGCAAUGGAUUGCAUAGAUGAUUUCCUGAUUUCAGAAGCUGAUGUAGCUAAGUGGGGGAAAAAAUGCAAGGCGUUGAGAAAUAAAGGGUCAUGUGGACAGCUUUCCGGGACAUCUAAUGAUAUCCACAAUAAACUUGAGUUUGAAACUAUGGAUAGAAUUGAAAAACCAUCUGCACAACAUAUAAAUUCAAAUCACCCAAAUGAUGUUAUGCCUUUACUGUAUAAUACGAAUGAGUAUCAGAUAUCAAAUUCAGAGUUUCCUGGAGUUGCACAUUAUGGUUCACAUCUGAACGUGAAUGCUUCUCAUCUCCCUCUAUAUGCUGAUCCGCUGAGACAUCUACCAGGGAACGAGUUUGGCGAACAUUGCAUUGCUUUUACAGGCAAGGAUUACUCCGGCAAUGGUAACUAUUGCACCCAAGAGAAUUAUCAGAUGCGUCAGGAUAAGAAACAAAUUGAGGGCAGUUACAGUUCUCCAGGUGUGGUUGGAAUGUCUAGCAUUUCUUCCUCACAUUCCAGCGAUGAUAGCGGGAACGUUCACUCUGGAGCUCCUCCUCCGUGGCUAAAUGUAAAUGAUGGGAAUAUCUCUAGUGUUGAACUAAACCAAUCAGAAAUGACCAGAUUUCAGGAAAAGAGGCCUGUAAAGACUUGUAAGCUGAACCCUAAUAGGGUUGGCGCUGCAUGGGCUGAAAGGAGAAAGAUGGAGAUGGAGAUGGAGAAGAGGGGACAGGCAAUGAGUAGCAACACUGAUGCAGACUGGCUUCCAAACUUUGGUCGAGUUUGGCAAUCAGGCACUCGUAAAGAAUCUAGGAAAGAAUUUGAGAAGGAAAAACGGAAGUUAGUCAAAACUGAAAGCAUCUCUGUCGAAUCAGAACCAGUCCAAAUACAGCCGUACAUUAGCAAACGAGCGCGAAGAGAGAAGAGUAGUGAGUGAUGAUUGUGGCUGACAUUCGAAGGGGAAACAAGUACGGACGACGGAUCAUUCAUGUAGAAAUUGAAUAGUCCCCUUUGCUUAGGAUGCUGCUCAAUUGUAUCUUGUUUUUCAUGUCGAGCUGUGAAAUGUGAUACUCUUUUGAAAGUAGUGUAAGAAAAUGGAUACGAUUUUGUUUUUGUGCGGGAAUCCUAAAGGGUGAAAGUUUCACGAAGCUUAUGCAGUAAUAAAAAUAUAUCAUUGAG